AUGACCGAGACUCAUGAAGGAGCCUCGGGAAAUCACGCAGGUGGAAGGUCCCUCGCUUUAAAGAUCAAGAAGAUCGGAUACUUCUGGCCAACGAUGGUCGGGGAUUGCAAAAAUGCAUCCCUUGCCAAAGGUACGCACCCACCAUCAACGCUCCAACGCAAACACUCCAAGCCGCAAUCCCAACAUACCCCUUCAUGCGCUGGGGAAUGGAGAUUGUUAGACCUAUGCCGCGUUCGCGGCAAUAACUUUGUGUUUCAACACAUCAUAUGUCGUCACGGUCUACCUUACAAGAUCGUAACCGAUAACGGUGGGCAAUUCAUCGCGACGACCUUCCUAGAAUUUUGCGCAUCAUGGAAAAUCAAGCUCCUCUACUCCACGCCUAGAUAUUUUCGAGCUAACGGACAAGCCGAGUCCACAAACAAGACUAUCGUCGAUGGCCUGAAGAAAAGGCUUGAAGGCUACCAAGGAGCUUGGGCGGACGAGUUGGGUGGAGUACUUUGGUCACAUCGAACCACUCCCAGAUCAGCGUCCGCGGAAACCUCCUUCUCUUUGUCACAUGGCUGUGAGGCAUUAGCACCAGCAGAACUGCACGCCCCAAGCUUGCGGCGAUCCUUGAUGCCCCUUAACCCGGCGCUAAACGACGAUUCACUCCUGCACAGCCUGGACAACACCGAAGAAUUACGGGACCGCGCCCUCUUGCUCCACGACUUCACCAAACCCAAGCACGCUGGCGAGUUCGGAUUCCACUGGGAAUGGCCGUUUCGCAUCACAAAGAUCGUCAAACCAGGAGUCUACGAGCUAGACGACUGUCAUGGAAACCCGCUUCCUCGCUCAUGGAACUCCAUAAACAUGCGCAAGUUCCAUAGCUAG